UUGGUGUAUGUUGGAAGCCCCGCCAAUGGAGGCGGUGCCGUAAUUGACAGUGAAGGAACUGGCGUAAACAUUGGCGUCUGACAGUGCAGCAGUGAGCUGCUGUAUCUACGUUAAAGCGUUGUUUCAGAAGAACAAUUCAUAUUUACUUCAAGUAAGCCAACUGCAUCACACUGCUUCGAAUGGAGACCAGACAACAGGAGUUGUACUCUAGUGUACUGAGCGACUCUAGUGUACUGAGCGAUGGUGAAGGGGAAUGGGGUAAGACCUCAUAUUCAGAUGAGUGGGUUAUGCCCAGUGGGUUUGUGGUGCAUCUGCAACCUGAAGAGCGAGGACAAGGACAUCUCAGGACAGGUUUGCUGGACCCAGAGCCUCUAACAGAAGUAGAUGAAGAAAUGGUGUCAGAAGUGGACCUCUACAACACUGUGACCGAUGAGGAGAGGGAGGAAAUAUUGAGUGAACUCACUAAGUUAGAGGAAGAAAUCUCCACCCUGAGGCAAGUGUUGGCCUCCAAAGAGAAACACCACUCAGACCUCAAAGCCAAACUGGGGAUAACACCACUCAGUGAGCUCAAACAGAACUUCAACAGGAGCUGGUAUGACAUGCAGACUUCCACUGCGUACAAAAAGACGUCGGAGACGUUGAGCACGGCAGGGCAGAAAACGUCAGCAGCUUUCACCACAUUGGGAACAGCCAUCAGCAGGAAGUUUGGGGAUAUGAGAUCAAAUUCACUUGGGCAAUCAGAUGAUGGCUACUCUAUCCGCCACUCAAUGAGCAUGCCUGUUAUGAGGAACUCUCCCAGUUUCAAGUCCUUUGAGGAGAAGGUUGAAAGCACCGUUUCCAACAUAAAGCAGACCAAGGUAGGAAGCCAAGGAGGUGGAGGGAGUUUUGAGGAGGUGUUGUCUUCAGCCGCCCACGCCAGUGCCCAAGAAACCCCCAGCAACAACCUGUCUGAGAGCAGUGAUCAUGAGCGGACCUGCUAGACCAGAGCCUGAAACAACCUCCCAGACCAGGAUUGGCACUCUACUGCCCCUCACUGGCCCAGAGGCCACAUUACAUUACCUGAUGAGGAGAGCAUGACAAACAGUAGGCCUAUCUAUCCAAAGCCACAUCAAGUACCAACACAAAUGUGUAUUAUCUAAUGGCUUCUUAGCCUUUGUUUCCAAUCUGUAAAGCACUCCUGCCCUUGAUAUUUUAUUACUAUGAAUACAGCUAUUACCUUUUGUAUUUUAAUACAAAUAAAUGUGUUAAAUUUAUAUCAAUGUAUUUGAUAAACAAAAAGUAGUGACUUUCCUCCCAGUACUAAAACAACAUUUUCAUGAUGACACCUACUUUCCAAGAGUGGACAGUCACAUAAAACUAUUGGGGGAGGGAAUUAUAUUUGAAACUAAUACUUGAAGUUGCAAGUACUGGAUUUGUAGGCCUAUACUGCACUGUAAUGGGGACCAAAGUAAGGCCUCGUGCUGAAAAUCUACUGAAUACACUGUCAUCCCGAUGAAUCACACUAAUAUCUCCUUUAUUCCAACUGUGCACUGUUUGCACUUGAGCCUUGAUGGGGUCUCCUAAAUCCGGACCUAAAUUAUACUUAUUAUCACAGCAGUCAGGCAGUGUAGAUGCUUUGACACACUGUGGGAUUAUAUGUCUAUUUUUAAAUGUGGUUAUUUCUUCUGUUUAUUACUGCUAAUCUUCAAUAAUGGACCAAACAGCUGGUUUUCUAUUUACAGAAUUAACUUUUGUCAUAUGAUUUUCUCCUUGUGUUUAUUGUUCAAGUUGAUUUUUCUCGGUUGCUGUGGUUUUUAACUUAAUUGUGACUAGAUGUUUGUCAGACAUUUAGGUGAUAAUGUUUUCAGACAUUUUGACUACGUUUUGUCAACAGCAGAGUUGACAAAACGAAUGUGACUGUUGUAAUACCCAAAGGUUAAUAAGUUGUUAUAGUCCCAGUGCAGUCCUGUGAAGCUCGGUAGAUAGAGCAUGGCGGUUGCAAUGCCAGGGUUGUGGGUUCGAUUCUCACGGGGGACUAGUAUGGGGGGGUGGGGAGUAUGAAAAUGUAUGCAUUCACUACUGUAAGUAUGACAAAUGUAGUCUAGCAACUUCUGCUUUUUUUAAACAAAACUGUAUCCCAGUAAGAUUAUAACACACUAUGAAUAAACUUUUUUGCAGUAUGACUAUUAAACAAUUUGUUGCAAACCAA